UACGUUAUCAUAGUGAUGGCACUGUUUUGGUGCACAGAAGCCUUGCCGUUGGCUGUCACAGCUCUCUUUCCUGUCCUGCUGUUCCCACUAAUGAAUAUCAUGGAUUCAACAACAGUCUGCCAGGAGUACCUGAAGGACACCAAUAUGCUUUUUAUUGGGGGACUGCUGAUGGCCAUUGCUAUUGAGAAUUGGCACCUACACAAGCGCGUUGCUCUGCGGGUCUUGCUUAUCACUGGUGUCAGACCAGCCUUACUGCUCAUGGGUUUCAUGAUUGUGACCGCCUUCCUGUCGAUGUGGAUCAGCAACACCGCCACCACUGCCAUGAUGGUCCCAAUAGCACAAGCAGUGUUGGAACAGUUGCACAAGUCAGAAAUGGAGUCUAGCACAGCUGGCCAAGCAUCUGAAAACAUCAAUAAAGCCUUUGAACUGCAGGAAGAGUCAACUAAACCAGGUAGCCCCAAAGAAACAGAGGAAAAAGGUAGUAGUCAUGUCCUGACAGUCGAGGAGGACAGAAAGAGAGAUGAAACUCUGCGAGAGGAGAAACACAAGAAAUUCUGCAAGGGAAUGUCUCUCUGUAUUUGUUACUCAGCCAGUAUUGGAGGGAUUGCGACUCUGACUGGGACAACACCAAAUCUGGUACUGCAAGGACAAAUUGAUGAGCUUUUCCCUAACAAUGGCAAUAUCAUCAACUUUGCCUCUUGGUUCUCCUUUGCCUUCCCCACCAUGAUCGUGUUACUGGUUUUGACGUGGAUUUGGCUGCAGAUACUGUACUUGGGCUUUAAUUUUCAGAAGAAUUUUGGUUGUGCUGCAAAUGCCUCUGCCAAGGCUAAGGAGCAACGGGCCUAUGAUGUUAUCAAGGAAGAGACCAAGAAAUUGGGCUCAAUGAAAUUUGCAGAAAUAGCAGUUUUGAUCCUCUUCAUACUACUGGUACUGCUCUGGUUUACAAGAGACCCUGGUUUCAUACCAGGUUGGGCAACAGUUCUUUUCAACAAAAAUGAUACAAGCUAUGUCACUGAUGCUACAGUUGCCAUCUUCAUUUCAGUUUUGUUGUUCAUCAUCCCUUCCAACAUUUCUAACAAUGACACAGACAAACAACAAACAGGCAGCAAGUCAAAGAUCCGAGCACCUCCAGCUCUCCUGGACUGGAAAGUAGUUCACCAGAAAAUGCCAUGGAACAUUGUGUUUCUGCUGGGAGGUGGCUUUGCCUUAGCCAAAGGCAGUGAGGAAUCUGGUCUGUCUUCAUGGUUAGGUAGCAAACUGACUCCCCUGCAGCAAAUCCCUCAUCCAGCGAUUGCUCUCCUGUUGUGUCUCCUUAUUGCCACGUUCACCGAAUGCACCAGCAACGUGGCCACCACUACCCUCUUUCUCCCUAUUCUGGCUUCAAUGGCUGAAGCGAUCUGCCUCAAUCCACUCUAUGUCAUGCUGCCCUGUACACUUUCUGCGUCCUUGGCAUUCAUGCUCCCAGUGGCCACUCCUCCUAACGCCAUUGUCUUCUCAUAUGGACAACUCAAGGUUAUAGAUAUGGCCAAAGCUGGGUUUGUACUCAACAUCCUAGGAGUUCUGACGAUAACUCUAGCCAUCAACACCUGGGCUUCAUCUUUGUUCCAACUGCAAACUUUCCCAUCUUGGGCAAAUAGGACAGGUACAUGCCCGUAA